AAGGGGUGCAGCUUAGAACUAGAAGGCCGGGGGGCGAGGAAGAAGACCUCGGAGUAUUUAAAGGGGAGACCCAGUUCCCUGCCCUGCCCCGGGCCCAGGGGGCCGCUGUCUGAACUCUGGUCGGCUGGAGGACUCGUCUCCCAGCUCCGUCAGAAAUGGGGAACGUGCAGUCGGAGCCAUCGGCGGGUGGGGGCUCCCGAAAAGAGCAGGCCUCGGACCGCGCCCCCGACUCCCGCCGGACGUCCCUGGUGGAGCCCGAGAUGACCUCCCAGGCCAUGCGCCUGACUCGCGGGCUGGGUGUCUGGUUCCCUGGCAGCUCCGCACCCCCGGGACUCCUGGUACCCCGGGAGCCCCAGGCCUCACCCUCGACCCUGCCCCUCACCUUAGAACGGCCCUCUCCAGUGAUGCCCCCUCCUGAAGAGGCGGCCGCGGUCUCUGCACCACCCCCAGCCCCCGCGGGGACCCUGCUGCCCGGCCCGUCUAAAUGGCAAAAGCCCGCGGGCACUCCAGUGCCCCGGAUCCGCAGCCUGCUGGAGGCGAGCCAUCGCGGCCAGGGCGACCCUCCGAGCCUCCGCCCGCUGCCGCCGCCGCCGCCGCCGCCCCCGCCCCGGCAACUAUCCCUAAAGGACCCUGUCCCGAGGGCCCCAUCCCAAUUUCCGCCGUCCCUGGAGCCUUGGAAGCCGCCACCACCAUUACCUUCUGAACGGCAGCCGGCGGACCGCAGAAUCACUCCUGCUCUGGCCACACCUGCCUCAACCCCCACAGAAAGCCAGGCUGGGCCGGGCAACCAGGGCCAGACGGCGGGCAGGGCUAGCGGAGGGGCGCCUCCCCAGGCAGGCGAAGGCGAAAUGGCCCAGCCUGCGGCUUCCGAGUCCGGCCUGAGCCUGCUGUGUAAAAUCACCUUCAAGUCUGGGCCCUCUUUGGCCCCUCCGGCAGCCUCGAGUUCCUUAGCAGCCAAAGCUUCGCUCGGGGGCGGCGGAGGCGGCGGCCUCUUUGCUGCCUCGGGUGCCAUCUCUUACGCCGAGGUCCUGAAGCAGGGGCCCCUGCCUCCUGGAGCCGCUCGCCCCUUGGGAGAGGUUCCUCGAGGGGCACAAGAAGCUGAGGGAGGUGAUGGAGACGGCGAAGGGUGCUGUGCUCCUCCCUCAGCGCCUGCGUCCCAAGCCCAGGCCCUACCGCCGCCACCCUACACUACCUUCCCAGGCUCAAAGCCCAAAUUCGACUGGGUUAGCGCUCCCGACGGUCCUGAACGCCACUUCCGCUUCAACGGGGCUGGCGGAGGCAUCGGGGCGCCGCGAGGGCGUGCGGCCGCACUCUCUGGGCCUUGGGGCUCCCCUCCGCCACCACCAGGGCAGAUGCACUCAGCUCCCGGGCCCCGGAGGCCCGCACCUGCCCUACUGGCACCGCCUAUGUUCAUCUUCCCGGCACCCACUGGCGAGCCCAUGCGCCCGGGGCCUCCAGGCCUGCAGGAGUUACCACCGCUGCCACCGCCUACGCCGCCGCCCGCGCCACCGCCCACACCGCCGCCCACACUGCAGCCACCAGCGCUCCAGUCAACGCCGCUGCCGGUGGCUCCCCCGCUCACCCCGGGCCUGGGCCACGAGGCGUCAGCCCUGGCUCUCACCCUAGCCCCUGCUCUGCCCCCAGCCUUAGCCGCCGACCAGGCCCCGGCCCCGGUCCCGGCCCAGGCCCCGGCCCCAUCCCCAUCCCCAGCUCCCACCAUGGCUGAGCCCUCGCCGCCUGUGUCCGCGCCCGCACCCGCGGCUGCACCCAUCAAGACCCGCACGCGCAGGAACAAGGGUUCCCGUGCAGCCCGGGGCGCAACCCGUGAGGAUGGCUUGCCUGGAGAUGGUCCUCGUGAAGGAGCUACAGCUACAGUGCCGGACAGCAGCGGUGGAGGGGGUGGUGGCAGCGGGGCCUCUCAGACUGGGGCAGCUAACACCCGCGCUGCGCGCCACUGGCCGCCCUUCCAGGUGCUUAACUCCUGUCCCUGCAAGUGUUACUGCCGCCACCAGCCACACCAUCGCCGCCUGCCACGCAAUGUCUCUGCCUGGCUGAGCACACCCACCAACCACCUGGGCGAGCCACCCUGGGUUGCCACUAUCAAGCUGGCCGGCUCCCUGGUGGCCGGGCUGGAGCACUACGACCUGCAGGCCACCCAUUCCAACUGAGUGCAGUCGGCUCAACACUCUCCACCUUUCCCUCCAUGACAAUAAAAUAACCAAUCCA